UAUAAAGUGAAAGUGCUCACUAGAUGACUAGUGCUGCUGGUGGAAACAUGGACAGAUUCUUGCUUUCCAGGCUGUGUUUCCUUGUGACUGUAUUAUGGCCUAAGAGUUUCUCUAGCUUGCCUUGCCUUGAUGAUCCCGACUACAACGACCUGGUGAAGAUUGCUGAAAAUGGGCUUGGAAAGGCAGCUCAUCCAAUGGAGGUGGUCAUUGUAGGGGCAGGCAUAAGUGGACUCACUGCUGCCAAACUGCUCAGAGAUGCUGGUCACAUGGUUACAGUUCUGGAAAUGAGUGGUCGUGUGGGAGGACGAAUCAGGACCUAUCGAGAUGAUACACAAGAUUGGUACGUGGAGUUGGGAGCCAUGCGUUUGCCUGGCAACCACAGUAUUGUUCGUGAAUUUAUUAGAAAAUUUGACCUUAAGCUAAACAAGUUCUCUGAGAUGGAUGACAACGCCUGGUAUUUGGUUAAUGGUGUCAGGACAACAGCUGGGAAGGUCAAACAGAACCCUGAUAUCUUGAAUUAUACUGUGGCUCCCUCAGAGAGAGGCAAAUCUGCGAAGGAACUUUAUGUAGGAAUUCUGAAAAAGACCCUAAAACGGUUCCGGAGUUCAGGUUGUGAAGAGUUGCUGGAUCAGUAUGACUCCUUUUCGACCAAGGAGUACUUGAUUAAAGAAGGGAAAUUAAGCCAUGGGGCUGUACAGAUGAUCGGAGACUUGAUGAAUGAGGAUGCUGGAUUCCACAUGUCAUUUCUUAACUCUCUCAUGGAGUUUAAUAUCUUCUCUCAUGAAGAUGGUUUUGAUGAGAUCACAGGGGGAUUUGACCAAUUGCCCCAGGCCUUCUACCAGUCUAUGCCUGGAGUUGUCCAGCUAAACUGCACAGUAGAGCAGAUAAUAUCCAAUGGUAACAAGGUCCGAGUGUUUUACCGUGCACCCAACACACUGAGCCCCUCCUUAGUGAUGGCUGACUAUGUCCUUGUCACAGCCACAGCAAAAGCCACGAGACAUAUCAAAUUUCUGCCACCGCUUUCCUCCAAUAAAAGCCAUGCCCUGCGCUCCAUUCACUAUGCCACCGCCACCAAGGUAGCCUUGGCCUGCACCGAAAAGUUCUGGGAGAAGGAUGGGAUUCGAGGUGGGCCAUCAGUCACGGAUCGCCCUUCCAGAUUCAUCUACUAUCCCAACCACAACUUCUCUAGUGGGGUGGGGGUGAUUGUGGCUUCCUACACGUGGAACGACGACGCUGAAUUCUUUCUUUCCCUGAGUGAUGAGAAGUGCAUUGAUGUGGUGCUGGAGGACCUGGCAGAAAUCCACAAGGUAUCUAAGGCCGAUCUCCAGUUCAUCUGUGAUAAACACGUGAUACAGAGAUGGAACCUGGACAAACAUUCCAUGGGAGCAUUUGCCUCAUUUACCCCCUACCAGUUUGCUGACUAUUCUGGGCCUUUGUUUCAGAAUGAAGGGAGGGUCCACUUUGCAGGAGAACACACAGCCCAGCCUCACGCCUGGAUCGACACUGCUAUGAAAUCUGCUGUGAGAGCCGCAAGGAACAUCCAAGGGGCUAGCUAUCUGUCGUGGGGGCAAUAUCAGCAAGAACAACAAGAGCAGAAGCAGAAAAGGGUUAACUGGGUUCAAAAAGCUGAACUUUAAUUGCUUCAUGGGUAUUUAGGGAAGGCACAACUGCACUGGACACUGAGGGCUGGUCUACCCUAAAGCUGUAAGUCGAGCUAAGUUAUGCUACUUCAGUUACGUAAGUUAGGUAACUGAAGUCGACAUGAGUUAGGUCAACUUACAAUGGUUUCUACACCGCACUGUGUCAAUGGGAGACGAUCUCCCGCCGACUUACCUUAUGCUUCUCAAGGAGCAAAUACAGACAUCAAUGGGAGAAUGCUCUGACAUCGACUCAGUGGUUCUUCACCAAACCCGCUAAAUCGACACCGCUGCAUUGAUUGCAGCAGUGCCGAUUUAGCCAUAAGUAUAGACAUGCCCUGAGUAGGGAAUUAGAAACUGCACUGCUAAUCUCCUUCACUAGGACAGAUCCUCAGCUAAUGUAAAUUGGUCUAUUUCCAUUGAAGUCAAUAGAGCUACACCAAUCAACACCAGUAGUGGAUUUGGCCCCACAUCAGUUGUAAGUAAACUGAGAUUGUUCUUCUCCUUUGAAGUAUUACAUAGAUAGAUCUAUUACAGUAUAGGAACUGCCAUAGAAAUAGUUGGUUUUAUUAAUCAAAGUUAUUACUGAUCAAAUACACUGCACUAACCUGUUCUUUAUAAAGAGAAAAACAAUUGUUCUGUAGCAUCCUAUCAAUAAAGGAAUAGAUGGAAAUAAUUCAAUAUUGCUCAGUUUCAAUGAAUUGCUUUUAUCUUGUUUAUAAGUUGUAAACCAUGAUAUUUUGCAGUGGUGAUGCUAUGGAACAGGGAAGGCUGAGAGAACAGCUUAUUCCGAAACAAACUCCAAUCAGUUACGCUUUUCUAAACAUGUUUCUGACAAUGCAAAUAAACAAAACCAGGCAUGCGCUGAUGGCCUUAAAUCCUAGGCCCUGACUAGACUAGAAUUGUUGGUCAUGUUGUCACUCAGGUUGAUUGACAUGUUGGGUGAAUUCACAUGAUGCUGAAUGCAAAUGUAGAUACUCCACAAAUGUUUGUUGUUGGUCACGGGUUCAAGUUAGGGCUCAGGAACCAGAUUGGGAAGCAAUAUUUGUGUAAUUGAACAAACAAGGACAAAAAUUUUGGUCUAGGCAGGGCCCUCUGCAUGAUUUCUUUUCAAAGAAAAUGUGAAUUAAACAUUUUCAGAUAUUGCUGAAAUACAUAAGGGUGAAAUAAGCCAUUUCUCUGCCACUGUGGUAUUUGUUUUGAGGGUGUGUUCAUCCUGAAACUGGGCAUGUGAUUUGGCCACUCAUCCUCACUUGGAAUAGUACUUCACUGUGGGCCUGAUUCUACCACACUUUCUUAUUUUAUGUAAUACCUAAGUCCUGGUCUGCUCUAGAAAAUUAGGUCAUCAUAACUAAGUCACUCAGGCAUGUGAAAAAUCUACACUCCUGAUUGGCCUAGUUAAGCUAACCCAAGUCCCUGAGUAGACAGCACCAGGGUGACUGAGGAAUUCUUCUGUUGACCUAGUUACCACCUCUUGGGGAGGGGGUUUACCUACACCAAUGGGAGAAUCCCUCCCACAGGCGUAAAUUGUGUCUACAUAGAAGAGGUAAAGAGAUGCUGCUGUAGCGUUUCAAGUCCAGACAAGCCCCUUAGCUCUGAUUAGCCCUAUGGGGUACAAGAAUGAACAGUUACUCACAUUGGACAAUGGGAUGUUCUGAUAACGGGCUCUCUCAAUCUCUCCUGUUGAAGCUGUUCCACUUUAAUUAAAUAUUAAGUGGGCCAGAGAAAGAGUGAGAAUCAUGAGUAUUUGUAAACAAGUAUUUAGGGCACUCACCUGAGAGGUGUGAGACCCCCUUCAAACCUAUUUUUCUCAUCAGGCCAAAAGGGGAAUUGAACAGGGUUUUCCCACAUUCUGGUGAGCAUGCUAAUCACUGGGCUAAAAGAUGGGAAGAAGCUCUCCCCCAGCCCAGCUGUUUUGUUUGGAGUAAUGCGUGGUUGGAGCACACCUAUUGGAUUGAGGAAUGCCUGUGUUCUUAGUAAAAAGAAAAGGAGGACUUGUGGUGCCUUAGAGACUAACAAAUUUAUUUGAGCAUAAGCUUUUGUGAUCUACAGCUCACUUCAUC